AAAUAAGCAGCCCCGCCGCAGCCACGGGAUCCCCUUACUCGCAGAAACCCUAGCAGAUCGCCCGAGCCCUCCGCCGCCGCUGCGCCUUCAGCCUUCUCGAUCCAAGAUGAAGUUCAUUGCUGCCUAUCUGCUUGCUUACCUCUCUGGCAACGCCAGCCCCUCUGCAGAGGACCUGACAUCCAUUCUUGAGUCUGUUGGUUGUGAAAUUGACAAUGAGAAGAUGGAACUCAUGCUGUGCCAAGUGAAGGGCAAGGACAUCACCGAGCUCUUGGCUGCUGGCAGGGAGAAGUUUGCUGCGGUUCCAUCUGGUGGUGGUGGCGUGGCUGUUUCAGCUGCUGCUCCCUCUGCUGGAGGUGCUGCUGCCCCUGCAGCUGAGUCAAAGAAAGAAGAGAAGGUCGUGGAGAAGGAAGAGAGCGACGAUGACAUGGGCUUCAGUCUGUUCGACUAGAUGCUUGGGUAUCUUGUGUCUGCAGUAUCUAUCUUUGGCCAGGAACUAGAGUCAAUGAUGUUUUAGCCUUUAUUUAGCUGAGUUGUGAAACGCUGGCAAGACAAUGUUUUGAUAUGUAAUUCAGCCUCUGGUUGCUGGUUGAUUUACUGGUGAACCAUACCUUUGUUAUCCAAUUUUGGUGCUUUAACAAUGCAUUGUUAUGAUA